UAUAAUAAAAAUAAAAUGAUUCAUUAUAAAUUAGAAUUUAUUAUUUAGAUUUUUGGAUAUUUGUUUCAAACUUAGAUUUUAAUAUUUUAUAAAAUGUACAACUCUAACAGACCUAAUUUUUCUGAUCAUAAUCUUGAAAGAGUUUCCGCUAAUAAUAGAAACCAUUACAAUACUACAAGAAAACCUAAACCAUCAAAAUCAAGAAAUCCAAAGGUUGAUAAUCGGUCACCAAGUUGUAAUGAACAAAUAUCUGAAUUCUCUCCAUUUCAGUGGAAUCAAUCCAAUCAACGAUUGUAUCCUACCAUGUCUGAUUCUGCUGUUUGUGGUUAUCCUGUUCCAGUUAAUAUACCCGUUGACCCCCGCUUUCAUACCUUAUAUCCUAUAUAUCAACCAUACAUGUCAGUUGGUAUUGGCAGAGAAUAUUUAGAACCCAGUCAACAUAUGUCAUCCAGAGAUCAAUUUACUAGUUUACCUCCUAUUAAUAUUGCAGACAACGAAUCUGAAAUUAAACGUACGCAUAGUGAUCCCGGUUUAAAUAAUCAAGAUGAUAAAUUUGAACUACUUAGUAGUGAAUCAGAUCAAGGAUCUUAUGAUACCUACUAUGCUAAUGAAGUGGCUGAAUUAAAAAAGGAUAAUCAGAGAUUAGCUAAUGAAUUAGAAUUAGUGAAAAUUGAACUAAGAAAUUUGAAAUUGGAUAUAUCAAGUAAAAAUAAUGACAGAUGUGGUUGUGCAGACCCAGGAUCUAUUACAAAUAUCGUUCAAGAAAUAAGAGCAGCACAUAAAUUAAUGGAACAAACAUUAGAGUCAAGAUUAAAUUCAUUUAAUGCUAAUAAAAAUGAAAUUACUAAUGAUAGUUCUCAAUUAUCAUUAAUAAAUGAGCGGCUAGAAAGAUUAGAAAAAUCGAGUGACAAAUCAAAAAGAUCGGACUCAGAUAAAAGAUUAGUUAAAAUUAAUAACUCAUCAAAAAAAAGCUCUGCUGUAACAGCUUUAUGAAUUAGGUAAAAAAAAAACAUGCAAAUUAAAAAUCAAACAUAAUAACAAAUAAUGCCAUACAUAAUUUAACUCAAUAUUAUGUUAAUUAAAAUGUCAUGAGCAAUAUUGUAUUAGAAAUAUUUAAUUAUAAAUAUUGUGAAUGAUGUAUUAAUUAAUAUUGUAUGAAAAAUUAUUAAAGAGUGAUGACUAUUUUGUAGCAUAAUAUAUUUUGUAUAUUUUAUUUUUAUUUUUAUUAUUUUUUAAGAGGUUGUGUUUAUUAAUAUAUAGAAUUUAAAAUAUUACCAAUAGAAUAUAUUUAAAGAUUCUUUUCAAUAAUAUUUAUCUACUAACCACAAAUUUUUUUAUAAAGAAUUGUGCU